GACCUUACGGUGAAUCACUACAGAUGACGGGAGGAGCCAUAACCGUAUCAACCAGGAUUCAAAGCAGUUCAGCGUUUCCAAAAUACUUCAGAUAUUAUUGUGUUUAAAUUAACACAACAUCACUUGUUCAGCAUGACAAUAAGACGUAUUUCUGCACCCUGAUAAGCUGCAGGCGCCAGAGGUGUGGUGGUCAGAGAUGGAGCACAUCAGAAUGCCAAAGGUUGAAAAUGUCCGGUUGGUGGACAGAAGUUAUUCUCGAAGAACUCAAGUGGGCACGCUCUACCUGACAGCCACACAUACUAUAUUUGUAGGUAAAGGAUCUGAGGAUCGAAAUGAGCUGUGGGUUCUGCACAGUUUAGUGUGUAAUGUUGUAAAGCAUAAAGCAUCUCAGAGCGGAUACCCUUUAUUAAUCCACUGCAAGAACUUUCAGGUCAUACAGUUUAUCAUUCCUCAAGAAAGCGACUGCCACGAUGUUUACAUUUCACUCUCACGUCUCUCCAGGCCAGAGAAAUAUGAGGAGCUGUAUUGUUUUUCCUUCAAUCCCAAUGUUGACAAAGCUGAACGGGAGCACUCGUGGGACUUUUUAGAUCUGAAGGCUGAAUUCAGUCGAAUGGGACUGCCAAAUAAGAUGUGGCACAUCACCCCAAUCAACCGAGAGUACAGAGUGUGUGAUACUUACCCAGCUGACCUGUUUGUGCCUAAAUCCGUCACCCUCCCUGUCAUCGUAGGGAGCUCGAAGUUUCGUAGCAGAGGUCGAUUUCCCACGUUGUCAUACUACUGCAAGGAAAACCAUGCCACGAUAUGUCGCAGCAGUCAGCCUCUUUCUGGCUUCAGUGCUCGCUGCCUGGAGGACGAGCAAAUGCUGCAGGCCAUCAUGAAGUCUAAUCCUGGCAGCAGGUUCAUGUAUGUUGUAGACACCAGACCCAAGCUAAAUGCAAUGGCGAACCGAGCUGCGGGCAAAGGCUAUGAAAAUGAGGACAACUACUGCAACAUUAAAUUCCAGUUUAUCGGCAUUGAAAACAUCCAUGUGAUGAGGAACAGUCAGCAGAAACUCAUAGAGGUUUCAGCACUGCGUUCUCCUUCCAUGGGAGAAUUUCUUCUGGGGCUUGAAAAUUCAGACUGGCUGAGACACAUCAAAUCGAUCAUGGAGGCUGGAAUCUUCAUAUCUAAGGCCGUAGCAGAGGAAGGGGUCAGCGUCUUGGUGCAUUGUUCAGAUGGCUGGGAUAGGACGGCUCAGGUGUGCUCUGUGGCCAGUGUGCUUCUGGACCCUUACUAUAGGACCAUCAAGGGGAUGAUGGUGCUGAUUGAGAAAGACUGGGUUUCUUUUGGACACAAGUUUUCACACAGAUGUGGUCAUCUUGAUGGAGAAGCAAAGGAAGUGUCACCUGUCAUAGACCAGUUCCUGGAGUGUGUAUGGCAGCUUAUGGAACAGUUUCCCUGUGCUUUUGAGUACAACGAAAAAUUUCUAAUCAGCAUCCACAACCACGUCUACUCCUGUCAUUAUGGCAACUUCAUUUGUAACAGCCAGAAGGAGAGGAAAGAUCUUCGCAUCAAAGAGAAAACUCAUUCCAUAUGGCCGCAUUUAUGGGAGAACAAGCUGGAUUUCAUGAACCCUCUGUUCAAACCUGAACAGAGCCAAAAUCAAGGACUUCUAAGGCCCAGUACUGCCCCCUACUGUUUUAAAUACUGGAGAAGGUUGUAUAAUCGUUUUGAUCGUGAGUUACACCCACGCCAGUCUGAGCUAGACUGUCUGAUGACUAUAAAAGAGGAAACGCAACAACUUGAGGAAGAACUGGCUCUCUAUGAGCAGAAACUGGCUGUUCUGGAUAAGGAGCGUGCAAAAACCCUUUACAUGCAAAAGGGUGUGUUGGACAGCAAGCAGCCCCUUUGGUCAUUACCUUUAGAUACUACCUUGGCCAAUACUCCUCAGGAUUACCUUGGUGGCUUUAUGGGUGGUGCUCCCAAUGUUUUCACCUUACAACAAGGAGAGAGAGAAAGUGCAGAGCUUUGUCUGUUUGGAGACAAACCAAAAAGCUCUGAUGCUGACAAUAGUGACCAGGAGUCAGGAGUAGCAGAUUUCAGCUCCCAUUCUUCUGGUGAAGAGUCCUUGCCAAGUGAGGACAGCGGGAAGGAUCCUGACUCAGACGAGACUGGCCCCAACAAAGCGUGAACAAAUGCAACAGCUUGCAAGAGGAAAAA